AUGGACGGUCCCGUCACAUCAAUCGGUCCAGGAGGCUCCCUCGGCGGCAGCGGCGGCGGCAUCUCGGCGGCCGGGCUCGCUCCCGCCGGAGGGGCCGCAGCUUCUGCGGGGUCCCUCGGAGGGGGGAGAGGAGGAGACCCCCCCACACCCGGGGGGGAGGAGGGAGGGAGCGCGCGGCCCCCGGAGGGCUGCGGGGCACCGGGCGGCAGGUCGGAGCCCCCCGCGCAUCGCCCCCCGCUCACCCCCCGGGGGCGCCUGCUGCGGCGGGGGGGGCGGGGGAGGGUCGCGGUCCCGCCCGCAGGUGGAGAGAGAGAGCGCCCCCCCGGCGUCGCCCGCUCGAGGGCGGGGGAGGCCGAGGCAUCCAGGCGUCCGCCGGGGGUCCUGCCUCCCCCCCGGCGCUCACCGGCUCAUGCCCGCCCGGGGGGGCGCGCGUCCAGCAGCAGCCGGGAGGCAUCGGCGCCCAGGAGGCGAGCGGCGGGUGAGCCUGCCGGCGCCCCGACCCUCCCGCCGGUUGGGGAGUUUACGGCCGCCUCGCCCGCCGGCCGCCGCCCCCUUCCUCUUUGGCCCUCCCGGCGGGGGUCGCCCGUGCCCGGGGCGCGCGGAGUGCCGCCGUUGCCGAGGGGCGCCGCCUCCCGCAGCGCCGGGGCGGGGGUCGCUCGGCCCGGCCGCUCCGCUGAAGACGCCGAGGCCACCUUAAGCGCCGUCGACGCCGUCCGGGAGCCGCGCGCGGGCGCCCCUCCCAGCCCCGUGUGGCGGGCAGUCCCGGUACGUGGGCCGCGGCCGCCUCCCUGCCCCGACGCCCCUUCCGGGCAACCUCGGGCGGUGGCCACGGCCGGGCGGUGGCGGGGACCCUCCGGGGCGCGGACGGAGAGGGCGGGCGGCGCUCGGCGCGGGGGGAGCAGCCUAUCUGUGGGCGGCCGGGUGGGGAAGUCCGCUUUCGGGAGUGGACCGGGGGCUUUUAGGUGCGCUAGCCUCGGCGGGGAAGGGAUGCUCGGCUUCAGUUGCUCCCGCGCUUGAAGGAGCUUUAAGUGCUGCUUCUGCCUCUUCCAGUCCCACUCAAAGCCCUUCGCGAAAAAAUCCGGUGUGUCUAUUGACGCAAUUAGACUUCGCGACCACAUCGCGCAGAGAUGCCCAGUGGCGUUGCGGGAGGAGGGCUUUGAGGCGGUCUGCCCCUGACUCCCUCGAAGGGAUCCCCCCGGAAUUGUAAAUCUGACAUCAGAAAGUCCCCCCGGGUGGGUA